UCUGGAAGUCAGGAAACGUCAGGUUGUCGCUUUAUUAGUCAUUUGUGAGUCUUGUGUUGCGUUAGCUAACGUUAUCCUACUGCAGAGAGAGCUAACCUAGUGUGUGCUAUGUGUUGUAUUAAGUGCAAGUUGCACUAUAUAAGAGACAUUUAAUAACCGAUACUCGUUCAAAAUAAUCAUGGAAAUGUGGCAAUCAAGGUAUUAUAUGUGUGUAAUGCUAACUACGAGUGCUCUUUAGCUAACUAGGCUGUCGCGUGUGUUAAGCGUCGAUAGCAUCGUCCAUUGUCCAUUCACUCUGACGGCUAGCAGACAUACAUUGUUGUCAUCGCGCAGAACUUGCUCCAUUUCCUGUUUAACGAUAUGAGACCACUUAGAUAUAUGUAUUCAAGUUCGUUUCAGUAAAAGUGUUGAUAAUAUUAAUGUAUUAUCUAUAUUGAUCAACUCAAUACAUCUGCACGAACGGUUAUUGCUAAGCUGUUAAGCACGAACAAGUGUAACGCUGUCACUCAGCGAUACUACUAACCUUAUAAAUACAGCAGGAGAAGUGGAAGCACAGCAGAGACUACACAGUAGCUGGACACCAAUUUUGGGAGGAUGUCUUCACCAAUAUUCUACAACCAAGACAGUUUUAUUCGUUUCAAGAAAAGAAAAGCUCGCUUCUCUUUCAGUGAAGUCCACAUACUGCUGGACGAAGUGAGGAAGCAUCGUAUGGUUGUUGUGGGCAAUUUCAAUCGUGGUGUACCAACAGACAUAAAGAAGCGCACAUGGGCAGAGAUUACUGCCCGUGUCAAUGAGAUCGGGGAGUGCCAACGUGAGAUCAUCGAGGUCAUCAAGAAAUGGUCCGAUCUAAAGUGUGACACGAAGCGGAAAGUGGGUGCCAUGCGGUCAGGGACAGUGCCCAACAGAGGCCUCAACUCUCGACUCUCCCGAGACCUUAAUCAGACGGAAAAAAUAGUGCUCCAGAUUCUGGAGAUGGACAAGGAAGACCAGAGCUCCGGGGACUUUGGCCCUCUGGGAGAUGACGAUGAUGUGCCAGAGGAGGAAGAAGAAAUGGAAGAGGACAUUAUUGGAAUGCAGAGUUCUCCUAAUGGCGGGUUGGACGGGGCAUCUAUGCCCCCACCAAUGUCCUACACAAUGAAGGACUCUUCACAAACUGCCUAUGAUGUGCAGUAUGAGAUUCCUGCAACAGAAGAUGUUGACGCUGCAUUAGGAGACUCAGAUGACGACCAAAGGGAAGAUGUGCUUCCUUCCACAAAACCAACUGAGAUUCACCAAGGAAACAAUGGCAUCCAAAAACAAGGACCACCUCCGAAGUCUUCCGGCCCAGCAGCAGCAGCAGCAGCAGGCCCAGCACCAACAGCAGCAGCAGCAGCAGCACCAGCAACAGCAGCAGCAGCCCCUACGCUUCCACUGCCAGGUCAGCCCUCGCAGAACAUGAGAGACAACAUGCUACACAAUGCAUCGCUGAGCCUUGAAGAGCAGCAUGCCACCAACAUCCUGCUGGAGACGGUUUCACGCUCCCUGGAGCUUCUGUCCGAGUCGGUGCAGCAGCUGGCAGAGACUCAGCAGGAGUUUGUGCGCGAGUCGCUGCAGCUCCAGAGGGAGACGGUGCAGGUUCUCAGAGACUUUACAGACGGAGCUAUUUCUCUUAUGCAUGACAAACUGAAUGGACGGCCAGCAUUAUAGCAAACAAAGUGUCAGAGAUGUUGUUGUAUGGCUACAUACAUGGCCUUCAGGUGCAGGAACAUUUGAGUUCCUCUGGACUCCACCGCUAGUUGCUGUACUUUUUGAUAGUACUCAACAGGUUCUUUGUUGUAAGUUUUAAAAAUUGUAUUAUUAGAAACAUUUUAUUAAUGGAAUUACUGUCUGUGGGGUUACAUUGUACAUCGAUAAAGAAAGAAGAUUUUAGUUUCCCCUUUUGCUACUGAAUUUAGCAUUUUUUAUUAAGCCUACACCACAUUUAAAGCCUCGAUAUGCUUUAACAAUGACUUGCAAAGAUCUUUUAUUUUUGUUUUAUGUUCUUGGAUAAGUUGUAGUUGCAUCAAUGAGAUGAUCACAUGAACUGUAAUGGUCAGUGGAUUUCCGCACCUGACCAUUAUAUGGUCUGUAUGUCUGAAAGCUAAACAAGGUGUUAGAUAUUUUGAAAUACAUGUAACUGAAUAAGUUGUCAUUGUCUGAUUUACUUUUGUUUACAUUCCAAACAUCAACACUUGAAUAUGAAAAGUUUCAACAGGUUUCUUUUUAAAUGUUAAAUAAACCUCUGAUUUAUUGAAAGAGAACAGAAGUAAUAUUCCUUCCUGUGACUAUAUAAUAUAUAAAGUGCUCUAGUGGACAUAGAUCCAGUGAUCUGAAUGUGUUAAUCCAUCUCUGUUGAGAGCUGCACUCUCCCGUCUUCAAUGAUGGCAUAUUUCAAGUUAUCUUAAAUUAGAAAUGAUGAAGGAUGUCUUACAUAUGUACAAACAGAAAAUGUGUAAUACACAUUACAAAAAGACCGUACAGAAUAAAGCUUGAAAUAUA